AUGCCGCCCCCCACGCCUCAGAGCAGCUCACCGACGGGGGGGCCGCAUGCACCACCGCUGUACCCUGGAGAAACACCAAACCCUGCAGCAGCUUCAUCAGAUAUACUUGCAGCAGACACUGCAGCAGCAGCAACAACAUACGCAGCAGCAGCAGCAACCGUUGCAGCACACACAGCAACAUGCACACCAAUAACACCAAACCCUGCAGCAGCUUCAUCAGAUAUACUUGCAGCAGACACUGCAGCAGCAGCAACAACAUUCGCAGCAGCAGCAGCAACCGUUGCAGCACACACAGCAACAUGCACACCAACAGAUGCUGCAGCAGAUGCUGCAGCAGCAUGCAUAGCAACCACCGCUGCAGCAGACGCAGCAGCAAGACAUGCACAGCUCACUGCGUCAGUGAUACCUUCAGGGCCUGUUGCUGCUCUUAGUGCUGCAGCAGCUGCUGCAGCAGAUGCAGCAACUGGAACAGCAACACCUGCAGCAGAUGCUGCAGCAGCAUGCAUAGCAACCACCGCUGCAGCAGACGCAGCAGCAAGACAUGCACAACUCACUGCGUCAGUUAUAUCUUCAGGGCCUGUUGCUGCUCUUAGUGCUGCAGCAGCUGCUGCAGCAGAUGCAGCAACUGCAGCAGCAACACCUGCAGCAGCAGCAGCAGCAGCAGCAGCAGCAGCAGAUGCUGGUGUCUUCUCUCCCUCUCGUGUUGCCUCUGCUGCUCACCGAUCGGCGCUGCUGUCUCCUCUAGCUGCAGCACCGCCAUAUGAUGCUGCGGAACAGCAGCAGCAACAGCAGCAGCAACAGCAACAGCAGCAGCAGCAGCAGCAGCAGCAGGAGAUGAAUCCAAGAGAGUUGAGUUCUGCUGCAGUGGCUCUGUGCACCUCAGCAGCAGCACAAACUGAAAUUGCUGCUGCUGCUGCAGCAGAGACAGAGAAAGAAAAAGAAAAAACAGAAAAAACACAAAAGGAGACAACGAAGACAGAGCGGGAGACAAAGACAGCAGCAGAAGAGACAAAUAUAAAACAAUAUGAAAGCGCUGCAGCAGCAAAUGCAUGCACAGCAGCAACAGCAGCAGCAACAGCAACAGCAGCAGCAGAGGCGGUAGUUGAUAGGCCCGCUGCCUCUGCUUCGGAUGCUGCUCCUGCUCCUGCUGCCGCAGCUCCUGCUGCUGCAGCUCCUGUUGCUGCAGCUCCUGCUGCUGCAGCUCCUGUUGCUGCAGCUCUUGCUGCAGCAGCUCCUGUUGCCGCAGCUCCUGCUGCAACAGCUCCUGCUGCUGCAGCUCCUGCUGCAACAGCUCCUGCUGCAACAGCUCCUGCUGCUGCAGCUCCUGCUGCUGCACCUCCUGCUGCUGCUACGCCAGUUGCUGCUCCUGUUGCAGCUCCUGCAGCAGCUACUCCUGCUGCUGCUUCUGCUGCAUCUCCUGCUGUUGCUCCCGCUUCUCCUCCUCCUGCUACUCCUGCUGCUGCUGCUACUCCUGCAGCAGCAGCAGCAGCUCCUGCUGCAGCAGCGCCUGCUGCAGCAGCUCCUGCUGCAGCAGCUCCUGCUGCAGCAGCUCCUGUUGCUGCUGCAGCUCCUGCUGCUGCUACGCCAGUUGCUGCUCCUGUUGCACCUCCUGCAGCUUCUACUCCUGCUGCUGCUUCUGCUCCAUCUCCUGCUGUUGCUCCCGCCUCUCCUCCUCCUGCUACUCCUGCUGCUGCUGCUGCUGCUGCUGCUGCUGCUGAUGGGCAGCCUGCUGCAGUACCCAGCAGCAGAGCCUGCUGGGGCCCCUUGGAGCUGCCGCUAGAAGCAGCAGCAGCCGAAGGAUCUGCUGCAGCAGCAACACCAGCUGAAGCAGCAGCAGCAGCAGCAGCAGCAGCAGCAGCAGCAGCAGCAGAGAUAAAGGCCCUUCGUGAGCUAGUAGAAAGGCUGCAGGCGGAGAACGAACGGCUGAGGGCAGCACUAACAAACCCUCCUCGCCUGCAGCAAAGCGAUAGUACCACAGCAGCAGCAGCAGCAGCGGCAGCAGCAGCAGCAGCAGCAACAGCAGCAGCAACAGCAGCAGCAGGAGAGGGAAGCAGCAGCCUGCCUCCCCCUGUGGAGAGCUCAGGAGGAGAACAGCAGCAGCAGACGAGCAGCACAAAGACAGCAGCAGCAGCAGCAGCAACAAACACCGUCAGAAAGGCAAGAGCACCAGGGGCCCCCCCAAAUGCUAGGGGGCCCCCAGGGAGGCCCCCAGGCCCCCCCCCUCCAGCAGCUGCUUCGAAGUGGAGAGCUCAGGAGGAGAACAGCAGCAGCAGACGAGCAGCACAAAGACAGCAGCAGCAGCAGCAGCAGCAACAAACACCCAGCAGCAGCAGCAGCAGCAGCAGCAGCAGCAACAGCAGCAGCAGGAUUGAUGCUGAUGAGGAGCCGAAGGAUCUAGGUGCUGCAGCAGCAGCAGCAGCACCACCACCACCAGCGGGACCUAUCGAAGCCUCGUGGCUGCUGCAGCUGGAAGAGGCGGUGUAUUGCACUCUAGUGCAGCAGCAGCAGCAGCAGCAGCAGCAGCAGCAGCAGCAGCAGCAGCAGAGGCAGCAGAAGCAGCAGCAGCUGAAAACGCCCCUCUCUGCCCGUGAUGCUCUGAAGACCGUCGUUGAUGAAAUUGGGCUCUCAGUCCUUCUGUUUCUUCUUUUUCUUCUUCUUAUGCACGGGGUGUACAUACACCGAAGCAUGCAGCAGCAGCAACAGCAGCAGCAGCAGCAGCAGCAGCAGCAGCAGCAGCAGCAGCAAAAGAUUCAACUAACUCCACACAAAAAGAAAAAAAACAAAACUCAGCGUUGCCGCCAUCUCUUAGAAAAAGCAUCAGUAAGAUAUCCAUCAAUUUUUAUAUAA